AUGAUUUCAUCAUCGACGACUUCUUGUUUUGGAAUCGUUUCUAAUUCCUCACCAAUGACUUUAAUUCCAAAAUCUGGUGAAUUGUGUUUUACUGAUUUCAUCAUUAGCAAUUUUGGAAUCUUGUUUUACAAAUUUCAUCAUCAGAUAUUUGGAAUUGUGUUUUACUCUUUUACUGGGAGUUGUUGUGAAGCCAAUGGAGAAUCCAAGGUUAGUUUGAAGUUUAUACGGAUGGAGAAAAACAUCGGCCUUACACUAGACGAAGUGAUUCUAGGAUACGAGAGUAUUCAAUUAAGUCCUUACUAUUUUUGGCCAAAGAAAGAUGCUUGGGAAGAGCUUAAACUGAUGAUUGAGAAGAAUCCAUGGAUUUCUCAAAAGCAAGUGAUUAUUAUUCUUGCUCAAGCUACUAAUAUCAUUAACUUGUGGAAACAGAGUGGUCAUGAUAUACAGUAA